CCAUUGAGGAGGCCCGAAUCCCGAGAGAGGGGAGCGCUGGGAGCGCCACUGCCAGCCACGGAGCCAGACCGGGACAAGCGAGAGCACCGGCAGGAGCAGCCCAGCGGAGCCGGGAAGGCCAGCAUGGACGGGCCGGCGCGUGACGACGGGACCCGGGUCCCCGACCGCGUGACCCUGAAGAAGGAGAUCGGCCUGCUGAGCGCCUGCACCAUCAUCAUCGGGAACAUCAUCGGCUCGGGCAUCUUCAUCUCGCCCAAAGGCGUUCUGGAGCACUCGGGCUCGGUGGGCGCGGCCCUGCUGGUGUGGAUGCUGGGCGGGGGCGUGGCCGCCCUGGGCUCGCUGUGCUACGCCGAGCUGGGCGUGGCCAUCCCCAAGUCGGGCGGCGACUACGCCUACGUCUGCGAGAUCUUCGGAGGCCUCGUGGGGUUCCUGUUACUGUGGAGUGCCGUGCUGAUCAUGUACCCGACCACGCUGGCCGUCAUCGCGCUCACCUUCUCCAGUUACGUGCUGCAGCCCGUCUUCCCUGAGUGCGCGCCACCGUACGCCGCCACGCGAGUGCUGUCGGCCACCUGCCUCCUGCUGCUGACGUGGGUGAAUUGCUGCAGCGUGCGCAUGGCCACCAGGAUCCAGGACGCCUUCACGGUUGGUAAGCUGCUGGCGUUGGGCCUCAUCAUUGCGGUGGGUCUGGUCCAGAUCUUCAAGGGGAACUUCGAGGCGUUGACUCCUCAGGCGGUCUUCUCCAUGGAGAGGACCCCUUCGGUGGGGCAGAUGGCGCUGGCCUUCCUGCAUGCCUCCUUCGCCUUCAGCGGCUGGAACUUCCUCAACUAUGUGACGGAGGAGGUGGUGGAUCCCAGAAGGAACCUACCCCGCGCCAUCUACAUCUCCAUUCCGCUGGUGACGCUGGUCUACACGCUGACCAACAUGGCCUACUUCUCGUCCAUGUCUUCUGACGAGCUGCUUUCUUCCAACGCCGUUGCUGUCACGUUCGGAGAGAAGCUGCUCGGCAUGUUCUCCGUCAUCAUGCCCAUCUCUGUGGCGUUGUCCACGUUCGGAGGCAUCAACGGCUACCUGUUCACUUCCUCCAGGUUGUGUUUCUCCGGCGCCAGGGAGGGUCACCUGCCCAGCCUGCUGGCCAUGAUCCACGUCAACAAGUGCACGCCCAUCCCUGCUCUGCUGGUCUGCUGCACGGCCGCCAUGGUGAUCCUGUGUAUCGGGGAGACUCACAACCUGAUCAACUACGUCUCCUUCAUCAACUACUUGUCGUACGGGGUCACCAUCGCGGGCCUGCUCUUCUACCGCUGGAAGAAGCCCAACCUCUACCGCCCCAUCAAGGUGCGUUUGCUGGUGCCCGUGUGCUAUCUGAUGUUCUGGGCGCUCCUGUUGGGCUUCAGUCUCUAUUCAGAGCCCCUGGUGUGCGGCGUGGGUCUUCUUAUCAUGCUCACCGGCGUGCCCGUCUACUUUCUGGGUGUCCACUGCAGGGCGAAACCAAAGUGCAUCAACCGCUUCAUUGAGACGGUGACCUUCGUGGGCCAGAGGUUGUGUUUCGUGGUCUUUCCUCAGCUGGACCCCAUCGAGGUGGCCGAGCCUUCCGAGCGGACGGAGCCAUCGUCCGGUUCAUCCGCUCACUCCUAACAAUCAAUGCAAGCGCAUCUUGUUGAGAUUCCUUGCAGCCACCUCAUCCUGCGCUGCGCGGGAACGUCCCUGUGUGACAUUUGCUGGAUGGACAUCGGCCCACUGGACGCUUUUGUCUUCCUUGCAGACUUUUGCGUGUUGUUUUGUUUGCCAACACACAAAGUACCGCUUGCUCAUGUCGCCGGCAUGUCCUCCCCUGGAUGACGGAGUCGCGCAGCAACCUCGUGAAGGUCGCUGAGGUCUCAUGAGACUCAAGUUUAGAUAACAUUAUUGACAGAAAACUCAAAUUUACAUCAAAACAGGCAUCGAAACCCAGGCAAAUGUUGAAUUAAUCCGCUUUCUAGACGGCGUUUAGUCCAAGUUAGACUGCUGAGUUAGACCACUCGUUUUGCCGGCUAAGAUAGCCACAUCAUCUAACGCAAUGUUGGCCGACAGUAUUUUACACGGGGGAGAAUAAAAAAUCCCACAGCACACCGCCUAACAAAAAUGUCACAAAAAGCACUGACUGAAGUAAUGUUCAUGUCUCAAUUUAUUCACAAUUGUGAAAUGUCGACCUGCUCUGUUUUGCACACUUGGCUAUUAUUCUGUUGCGACAACGGCAACAGGUGGAUACACAGGUUUAGUGGAAGAGCAUUUUAGUCUUCUACCCAUCU